AUGGCGGUCACCUCCCUUCUCUCCGAUUCCUCGGUGGAAUCGGUGAAGCAGGCCGUUCGCUCCACGUCAACAUGUUCGAAUGCCACCGUCAUCUCCCUCCAGACGCUUUUCCGCGGACUAUCGAAGACGUCACCGGAGUCUGAUAAAACCACAGUGAAGAGGGGAACUAGGACGACGAAAACCACAGCGACUUCCACUCGGCCGAAGUCGUCGAGAGGGACGAAGGUCUCCGCACAUGAAGCGGCCAUCAACACAGUCGUGGAAAUGGAUGCUGCGCGUUUGUCAUUUCAAGAGAAGCUCGUCCUCGCCACGGAUGUCUUUAACACCACCCUCAAAACCCUCUCGGAUGCAUCCAAGCUACCUGCUAAACGCGAUGAAGCUCGGGCUCGGACCGCGUGUAGCUCCCCCUCGCCGAGUCGUGGCGCGAAAUCGCCCAGAAAGCUGAAGACGUCACAGGAGGAUGAACUGGAUACUGGGCUGGCGGCUGUGGCGGAAUGUGCAAGUAUGGCUUUGUCGUCUCUACGGAGCUUAAAAGGGGAGCAAUCUGGCCAGCAGGAUGGAUUUCCGAACAUGCAGCUGGAGCAAGGUGCAUGCGUCUUGGCGGGGAGGUAUCUGUCACUGGGGCUGAAUGACAUGGCUUCUAAAGAACUGAGAGGACUUAAGAGAAGGCUACAACAAUAUCUGGACAGCCAGGCUACAAUGCGAUCAAAAACUACGAGCAGGAGGAAAAAUGAGGUUCAGGAGGAGGAAAGCGCCAAAGAACGGAUGUCUGACUUGCUUACAUUUGCCAAUUUUGACCACGCCGGUCCGGUGCUAAGCGUGCUUGUUCCCUUUCAAUCUAAUACCCUACGGCUGAUAGCAUCGGAAAAGAAACUUGCAACUGUCCAGAAAGUCGCGUCCUCACUGCAGUUGUCCGAAUUGAGCAGCCCAGCGAAUGUCAUCGUGGCGGCCACGGAAUCGGGUGCUCUCACCACAGAUAAAGCAGCACUUCAACUCCAACUGCUCUCCAAUACUGUGUUAUCCCUAGCCGGAGUCCAGCAGCCAUCGAAUCGUCUCACAACACGCGAUCGUCUGAAGCCAUCCACUUCGUUGUCCCUUCAGUUACUGUCCUUGGAGAUCCGAUGCAUGAGCUGGAAGCUGUCUGGUCAUACCUGUGAUGAAGGCAAAGAGAUGUGGGACCCAUUGACGCGAUACCUUGCCAACUACUCUCACCACAGCAAGGGUAUCGAGAAAGCCGAGUUUGCGUCCAUUUAUAAAACAAUCAUUCGACUUCAGACCGCUGUUGCUAACACGCAAAAGCGCACCACGGCUAGUCUGAGAGACAAUGUCUCGGUUGCCCGAAUUGCUACUAUAUUAGGUCACCUUGCUCAAGAGGCUGGAUGCUUUGACGAAGCUCUGAAGCUUUUCACCGAAGCUGUCAACCCACUCUCAAGCGGACAAUGCCUCUCGCUCGCCACUGUUCGUUGCAAGAUUGCAACUUUGCACCUUCAAGCUAACAAAUCUUCCAAACCAUCGCUCAACAAGGUUACGAAUGUUGUAUCUGAUGCGACCUCCUCACUGAGCAUGCCCUUGAAAGGGAGUCUCAGUGACCUCGACGAGCUGCUGGUUGAAGCAGCAAAACUGAAAAAGCUUACCAUGAGCGCCUAUGGAGACUUGGUUACCAAGGCAGGGGAAAAGAAUGGUAUUGACAUUUCCCAAAUAUACGAAUAUCUCCCCGCUUUCUUGCGGUUUUUGCGUCGCUACGUUGGUCGACCAUCUUCGUCCGAUAAUGAGCCAAAGGAGGAUGACUUAUUUCUUACGCGGGUUCGCGCGUGCAGAAACAUUGUCCUCUCGGCAGUGGACUCAGCGCUCGCUGUCGGUAAAUUCUCAAUCAUGUCACAACGGCCUCCCUGGGAAGAUGUGCUUUCCGCAUUGACCGACUGCCAGCGUCUUUUGACGGCUAUUGACGUCGUGGACGAAGAAGCUGAUCCGUCAGUACUCGAUCAAAUUGGUGCGGCAUUCGUUCGGCUGUCAAAUCUGUUUUGGUCACGUUAUCUGAAGGAGAAAGAGCGUGGGAAGGGAUAUAGUGAGCUGGUGCCUCUUGUGAAGCACUCUGCACAUCUUUUGUCCAGUUGCUCACCAGAACAACGAAUCACGGGGUUCGCGGCUUUGAAGUAUGAACGCCUUGCGUAUCUUUACAUGGAAGGAAACAGGGGCGCAGAAGCCGAGCAGGCCUUCUCCCAGGCCAUCCAAGAGCAUAUUGACACAGGAGUGUUGGACGGCUUGGUUUCCAGUCCCAACUUUCCUCACCGAACUUGCCAGGAUCCCAAAAGUAACGGGUUCAUGCUUGGUCGAGUCCUUACCGCAUACCUGAAGUUGCAACUGAGGCUGCGUGGGAAGUCAAAGUCUACCGGGUUCUUUGACGACGAGUCGCAAUCGCUACUGGUGAGAGGCCAUAUCAUGGAAUGGCAAAUGGGCAUUCUGGCAGAGCUACAUUCCCAUGCUUCCAGCGAUGAAGCCUUUCGAUCACACUUUACUUGCCUUGUGUCCAAGCUGCUUGGGCUGUACGAUCCGGAGAUUUACCCCAUUCGUCGGUUACGAGUAGUCUUGGGCGGGCUGCGUUCGUCCCUGGAACGCCCGAACUGUUUGGAGUCGACAGUAUUACACAAAUUGCACGAGGAAGGUCUGGAGGCUAUCGAGGCUGGGGACUACGCCAAGAUGGGGGAUUUACAGCCUGAAACUCUCAACCUCAUGAUAUCGUCGUGGACCUCUUUGAUGCGCAACUGCAACAAUGGAGUUACCUUGAUCCAAUACGUUGGCGAUGUUGAACACUACCUCCUCCAGCUGAAGGCUAUAGUUGACUACACAGAAAUCCAUGGGCUUUGGAAGCUCCAGCUUUCAACGCUCGAGCUGGUCUUACGAGUCACGGAGCUUCAAGAAGGCGGUGACUUUUCUGAAGCCAUCAUCGUAAUCGCGCGUCUGGUACAGCAGUAUUGUCGACUUGGAUACUGCAAAAAGGCCGGCGAUCUUCUAACUCGCGCAGAGCAGUACCUCGGCCCUAACGUCUCUUGCCUGGCCACCCUAUCACACAAACUGGCACGGGUAGCCUUCCUUAUCGAAAUAGGCGAGACUGAGAAGGCGGCGGCCACCCUAUCAGCAGCUAGAAGUCUCUACGAGUCAAACCAGAAAAAGCAAGAUUUGAACGGCUGCUCUGUUCUGGCCAAGAUUGCCUGGGAACGAUUGGUCGCGGAUGCGGCCUUUAUGAGCUCACAGCUCUCCUUCGCUCAGGGGGUUAUCAAGGACGCCCUCUUUUUUGCUAAGCUAUCUGUGCGGUUGAACUGCAGGAUCUGGGCUAAGGUUGAGAAAAUCUCGCAGAGGAAACAGGAAAAGAGUUUGCCUGUGCCCGUUAUUUCCGUAGGGGAUAGCUCCGAGCUUGACAACGUUGUUGAAACCAUGGCCAAGCUUGAUGUAUCACAGGCGAACCAUACAACGACUUCUGUCUAUACACAGGGAGCCCCUUUUUGGCCGCACAUCGGCUCGCAUCACACCUCUCUCUUGAACCUUGCGAGUCUAUCUGCACACCACGGCCUGUUCCAGGAUGCCAUCUACUACGGCGAGCAGGCGUUGAAGAUUAACAAGACCCUGAACGCGCCUGUUCGUUUGAUCAAUUCUCAAGCGCAACUUGGGUCACAUUGGAUUCUCGGGGGGCAUAUCUCUGAAGGUCAAGAGCUCCUCACAGCUGCCGAGACAUUGUCGAAGCAGCUAGAGAGUAGUGUUGAACUCGCAUCGCUGCAGAUAGGUCUUGCCUCUCUUUACAGAGCGCAGGGCCACUACCGUGAGGAACUUCAGGCCCUUCUGGAGGCGGACCGGAUCAUGAAUGAAUUUGGCAGUCCGGAUGUCUCUGAUGCGGCUUCAGUUUCCUCGGGUGUCCCAGAACUAGAAGACAAAAUGGAGAGUCUCCGAAUCCGACCGGCUAGUAGAAGGACGAAGCAGCCCGCCGCGACCACUCGGCGGACCCGUGCCACUACCUCAACUCGGAAACCCACCAAGGCAGAUGCCACCCCUUCGAAAGCCGCCGAUACCGUCACUGAAUCACAGUCCCUGCUGCAGAUCAGAAGCGACAUCCUACGGCAACAGGCCGCUUGCUGCCGCUCUUUACGAGAUUUCGAGAAAGCCUCAUGUUUGCUCAACAACGCCCGGAAAUAUGCAGUCUCUAGGGACAGUCAGAUUUCCGUGCAUCUUGGAGAAAGUGAGCAUUUCCUCGCCGAGGCUAUUCGCCACUUUGCUUCUCAUGCUGUAUACUGUGUUCUUCCCGAGUCGACCAUUUCGCUGCCUUCCCUGCAAUCCCCAAGUAAGACUACCGGUACAUCCAAGGCUGCCACCAAAAAUACGGCCCGAAAGCCUCGCGCCCCCGCCAGAGGGACACGGUCCCGAGCGCAGACCGCAAGCGAAGACUUUGCUGUGAUGCUUUCCAAGGCUGGCGAUUGUCUUAACAAUGUGUUUUCUACUGCUACCACCGUGGGCUCCACGUUGGAUAGCCACUCUGCGUCACGCCUGAUGAGUCGUAUCUCCAUGCUGUCUCAUGUUACGGCCGCUGAGAGCACAUCCGCCUGGUCGCAGCCUCCAGCCAAUGUUAAUGAACUUGGCCGUAUCGGUGCCUUUACGCGCGAGCAUACCGCUAUUGACCUUGACAAGCAGCUGGCGGAAUACAACGACCCGCUUCUUUGGCCUACACCCUCCGCAAUGACGGCGGACCCCGAGGAUCUGUGUAGCUCGAAAUUUGCAGAAGAAUAUAUCGAUAUCCUGCCCGACAAUUGGAAUGUCCUUUCUUUAUCGUUGAGCGCAGACCGGAGUGAGUUCAUUGUCUCACGACUACAUCAAGGUCGUUCGCCCUUCCUUCUGCGGCUUCCGUUGAAGAGAGGCAAUUCUGAGGAGGAGGAUGAACAGUUUACUUUCGACGACGGACGUGAGGAGAUGCAGGAACUGAUCAAACUGGCUAACGAAAGUUCCCACGCGGCUAAAGCCCAAACGGAUCGGCAAAUGAAGAAGGACUGGUGGAGAAACCGGGAGGCUCUAGAUCGCCGGAUGGAGACUCUGUUGCAAAACAUUGAGAAUGUAUGGUUCGGGGGAUUCCGAGGCAUUUUCUCCCCCCUGCCCCAUGAUACUACCUCUCUAGCACGAUUCGCGUCUUCAUUCCAGACCAUCUUAGACAAACACCUUCCCUCUCGCCAGAAGGGCGGUCGGGCGGAGGGGCCGCGCCUGACGCUGCACCCAAACGUGCUGGAACUGUUUAUCGGUGUCGCGGACCUGGACGACCAAGAAGAUCCGGAGGAGACGCUGAUGGACCUUCUAUACUUCGUGGUGGAUAUCCUACAGUUCCAGGGCGAGCGCAAUGCCUACGAUGAGAUUGAUUUUGAUAUGAUGGUGGUUGAAACCCUUGACGCGGUUCGGGCCUACCAUGACGCCGCCAGCAACCGCCGGGGUAAACACACCCCCAACCAUACCGUCUUGGUUCUCGAUAAAUCCCUCCACCUCUUCCCGUGGGAAUCUCUCCCAUGUCUACAAGGAUUCCCCGUGUGCCGCGUGCCGUCCUUGGAAUGUCUACGUGACCGAGUUCUGCAGUUUCAGGACAAGCGGAACUCUGACCUUAGCCGGGGCGUGGGCAUUGAUCGCCAUAGUGGCACCUACAUUCUCAACCCUACUGGCGAUCUUCGCACGACACAGGGCACGUUUGAGAAGGAUCUGUCUGCGUUGCAGGGCUGGACUGGUAUUAUGCAGCGCGAGCCGAGCGAAGACGAGUUCAAGCGCGGCCUGGAGACGACGAAUCUCUUCCUGUACUUUGGACACGGCAGUGGUGCGCAAUACAUUCGAGGGCGGACGGUCAAGCGACUGGAGCAAUGUGCCGUUGCGUUCCUGAUGGGAUGCAGCAGUGGUACCUUGACGGAGGCGGGCGAGUACGAGCCUUACGGCACGCCGAUGAACUAUCUGCACGCUGGCAGCCCCGCGCUCGUUGCGACCCUUUGGGACGUUACCGAUAAGGAUAUCGAUCGGUUUGCGCAGUCUACGUUUGAUAAAUGGGGCUUGUUUGAUUCCGGAUCGGACGGGGCAACCUUGGAUGAAGCCGUGUCGCAGUCGCGACCGGCGUGUGUGUUGAAGUAUUUGAACGGAGCGGCUCCAGUGAUUUACGGUGUUCCAUCGGUGUUUUUGGAAUAA